AGUACCCACUUGACUGGAUGAAUAGUGUAUUGUUUUCUGGAAUCAUCGUCGUCGGUCGAUUGAUUUGAUUUGAUUUGAUUUGAUUUGGCUCCAUCUCCUCAAAUCUCAAUGGCAUCUGCUCACUCCCUCGCCGCCGCCGUUUCUGUUCUCGUUGCGCCCUCCAAACUCCCUUCUUCUUCUUCUUCUUCUUCGUCUACUCUGCACUCUCUUUCUUGUCUUCGAUCUAAACCUCGAGAGCUCUCCUCCUCCCUUCGCAGUGUCGUCUCCCUCAGAGGAGGUUUAGGUGUGGCAGCAAGAGCGCAGGGGGAAGUAAGUGCAGUGGGAGAUGAUGCAUUCAGUAAUGUGAAGCAUCUUCUUCUCCCAGUGAUUGAUCGGAAUCCUUAUCUUUCUGAAGGCACCCGACAGGCUGCUGCUACAACAACUAGUUUGGCAAACAAGUAUGGAGCUGAUAUCACAGUUGUAGUAAUUGACGAAGGAAAGAGAGAAUCAUCAUCUUCGGAGCACGAGACUCAAGUAUCCAGCAUCCGGUGGCAUCUUUCUCAAGGUGGGUUCGAGGAGUUCAAGCUGUUGGAGAGGCUUGGGGGAGGGAAAAAGGCGACGGCCAUAAUAGGAGAGGUGGCAGAUGAGCUCAAGAUGGAGCUGGUGGUUCUUAGUAUGGAAGCCAUCCACUCCAAAUACAUCGACGCCAAUCUUCUUGCUGAAUUCGUCCCCUGCUCUGUCCUCCUCUUGCCUUUGUAAUUUGCCGCCUAUAUAUUUUAUUAUACUCCAAUCCAAUGAAUUUAUAUAUAUAGACAUACCACUUCUUCUUCUUCUUCUUCUUCUUUUUCUUUUUCUUUGGGUUGCAUGGAGAGAGAGAGCAUCGACGAAAUGUGUCGAGGUUCGAGAUACAUGUGUUAAGCGUUUUCUGUCUUUAUUUGUUGUUGUUUUUCUCCCAUUGUAUACAUACUAUUAUCAGUCACAUUGUGGCAGAUAUGAAAA